GACCUCAGAGCCCUUUAUGAACGAAGGCAUCGAGGUGAUCCGCCUGACUGUCAAGGGGCAGAGUUUUAUGCUGCAUCAAAUCCGCAAGAUGGUGGGGAUGAUGGUGUUGGUCUGCAAGGGCACGGGGAUAGAUAAAUCCAUUAUCAGCAAAUCAUUCAAAAACCAGAAGAUAUCUGUGCCAACCGCCCCAGCGCUGGGCUUACUACUGGAGAAGUGCUUCUUCGACCACUACAACGAGAAGCUGGGUAAAACCGGAGGUGAAACCAAGCAAAUCCUGUGGGAGCCUACGGAUGACGCCCGACAGGACUUCAAGAUGAAGUAUAUCUAUCCGAAGAUGGUGCAAGAGGAGCUCCAGGGGCAAGAGUUCUCCAAGUGGUAUACCAAGAUCGGCACUGAGCAUAUGGACCGACUCGAAG